AUGUCUUCACCAGGGAUGCAUCACUACCCCAAUGCACAAAAGGAAUACAAACCACCGCUGAUCGCAAACGAGAAUGCGUACCUCGGCGAUGUCUUCUCCAGUGACAAAAUUAAUCCAGAAACUCCCAUUUCAGCAGGAUUCUACCGGCUCGAGAAAGGCACACCACUCGAGUACACGUACACUUAUGACGAGAUGAAGAUCAUCGUUGAGGGCUCUUUCACGAUUUCAGACGAGACGGGGAAGAAGGUCAAUGCGAAGCCAGGCGAUGUGUUCUUCUUCCCAAAGGGAAGCAAGAUUACGUUUACGACGGAUGAUUAUGGAUUGGCGUUUUUCACGGGGCAGAGGAAGGAGGGCGCAUUGUAG